CCCCUUCUGCCCUUUACAGGGCAUAGUAUUCCUGGGCUGUACUGCCUGGGAGGGGUUGCUGCUGGGGCUGCACAAAUCCCUUCACUCCCUUGCAGAGCUUACGCUGGGUCUAGCCAGGCCCUACGUUGUGACGCAUGGGUCAUUGGGUUCUUACAUUAUAUAGCUUUAUAUCAUGUCCCAGACCCUCGUCAUCUACAAUGAUGACAUUCUCUCGGACGAAGCCUCAUGGAUCAAAGACAUUAAGUUGUCUGACGACGAGAGGACUUUCCACGAGGAAUAUGCUACCGCACACCCUACGCAUGCUCAAGAUGAACACAACGUCGACACACUACCCCCAUUUGUACCACUCCAUCCAUCCUCGUCACUUGUAUCAAUGCCUCUCGAUUUGCCCACCUUCGCCUCCGAUGCUUCUGUCGUGGUCCACAACAACAAUUUCCUCUUUGACGAAGCCGAGCAUGAAUACGACAUCGACACCCUACCCCCAUUUUUCCCAUUCCAUACAUCCUCGUCACCUGUAUCUCAAUCAAUGUCUCUCGAUUUGCCGAUUUUCGCCUCGACCUGUAACCACGAACCGGCAUGCACUACACCUGACAAACACGAACACCAUGGUGACUUCAACAUCCUACCCGUCACAACAACAGCUAUCGACAAGCCGAAGGCCACCCACUCCCCCCGAAGUGACCAGAAGUCCCUCUCAGACAAACUCAGGUCCGCCAGACAGCAAAAGCGCAAACUUCAGCUUCCCAAUCCCAACCGCCGCCACCGCAUUUUCACUACUCUAGCAAACACAUUUCAUCAUAACAUUUCACACCCACCCGCUUCACUUCGGCGCACAGAAGCACCGCCGCCUAGCCAGGAUAAACCUCACAGGCCACGAGAGCCAAAGAGAAUGCCACAUGCCGCACCACAACCAUUUCACGACUCUCAAGACACCACGACUGACGCUAUCCGAAGGAGACCGCUUACGACACUGAAGACAGAAUACGAAAAACGCCGCCACGCUAUCUGAAGAUGCCCCUCAUGACACCCCACGCUAUCCGCAGGAGACAACUUCAUGACACGCAAGAACACGAAAGACGCUCGAUGCCAUUUCACACACUUACAACUGACGACACUAAUCGCAAUGGCCCACUUCAUUGGGAACACCAUCCUCCCCCACAAGACCCUAGCGAGACGAGAUUCGACCCGCUUUCAAGUGCGACACCACGUCCUUGGUCGCUGGAGUCAAUGUACAGGGAACCCAGUGACCUCGUCCUGUGGAAACACUUCGCUUAUAUCUACAUUACCCUUUCCCUCGCUUGAACCGCCUGUUCUGCACAUUCUUGUAUUUAAUCCCUCAUGUUUUGUUGCUCGUAUUAUAUUUUGUUGUUCGUAUUAUGUUUUGCUGCUCGUAUCGAAU